AUGACCCUCUCCUGGAGUUCCAUCGUCAUGAGAGCAGCUGUCACCCAGGCCACGCCCCAGGCAUGGGGUGAUUGUUUUAGUGAAGAAAGGGGCACCCUCGAGUUUAUUUACCACGGCAACUUUACGCAGCCACCGCGCACUCAGGCUGUGGCAUACACCGGGAAGGUCUCGAUCAAUUCUAGAGGUGUAGAAUACUGGAAUCCCGGGGGUGCCAUUAACGUAGCUAGUGCUGACAUAAGGGUGGCAGCUUCGUCCCCGGUGUCUACUUCGCCCUCGCCUGAACCACCAGACCUUUACGCAGGAACUGUGAGCUGCACCAUGGCGCAGAGUCAACACGAUAUAAACCACAUGUAUGCUACGCCGUCUUACUCUUGUACCGGGGAAAUGUACCAGGAUCAAUCAACCUACCUGGCAACGCCGACCUGUCCCAUGUCUUAUCCACAGCCGUCGUACUCAUCCUAUACAUCACCAAAGUCGACAGUGGACAGCGCACUCUUAAACAUCAUGCCUGACUACAGCGGGUUCUUCCAGCCAAACUGCCAACGAGACAUCCAGGCAUUUCCUGACAGGAAAGCGUUACCAUAUUCACUGGACUCUCUGAGGGUUCCACCACCUCUGACACCUCUGAACACAAUAAGGAAUUUUACGCUUGGGGGACCUGCGAUAGAGGGCUCUUGUCCACCAAACCCCUACAACACUUCGAACUUACCACUGAGGCCAAUAUUGAGACCGAGAAAGUAUCCAAACCUCCCAAGCAAAACGCCUGUCCAUGAGCGACCAUACCCUUGCCCAGCAGAGAGCUGCGAUAGGAGGUUCUCGCGGUCGGACGAGCUGAGCAGACACGUUAGGAUCCACACAGGGCACAAACCCUUCCAGUGUCGGAUCUGCAUGCGCAGUUUCAGUCGCAGCGACCACCUCACUACGCACAUCCGGACACACACUGGAGAAAAACCGUUCUCCUGCGACCACUGUGGAAGAAAGUUUGCCAGGAGUGAUGAAAGAAGGAGACACACGAAAAUCCACUUAAGACAGAAAGAGAAAAAGUCAUCAUAAUGACCCAGGCAGAAUGGUUUUAAACAUUCAGAUAAAUGAUGUUUCCCUGCAGCACCAAUUCAUUAAAUAAUAUCCAAAUCAAACAUUCACACUGAAUUUAGCAGACUAGGGUUAAUUAAGGUUGACUAAUGCAUUUGGAUAUAUGGUGCUGAAUGAAUAACAACAUAAACGGACAGAGCUAUCACAUUUAUAUUAGGUAUAGAAUACAUUUUUUCAUAGCUUAACUGUAAAUGUGCACAAACACAAGUGCUCAGUAUAGAACGUUUUUCAAUAGAGUAGGUGGGGAAAUAGUCAGGUAUGCUGAAUAGCUAGCAAGGAGCAAGACUCAGCUCCAACACUGAGUGGUAUCAGCCAGCAAGUAGCCUCACUUUUGCCAGUGUUGAGAGACUUCCCACAAUAGAUGAGACCAUGAUGGGUAUUCCUGCAUUAUAGCUGGGAAAGGAGUGCCAUGAUCAAUAUCACAGAACUGAGUGGUCUGGUCUGGCCAGGGGCGUGUAGUUCCUGUAUAUUAUCCUCACAUCCAGUUUUGAGAGUGGGGGGUUAGAGUCCCAUUUGUGUAAAAACUGGAAGCCCUGUACUGUCAAGAGAGACAAUUAAGAACUGAAUUGCUCAAGUUUUAAAAAAAUGU